GUUUUGCAUUGUGAUUUCCGGUAAAUUUACAAUUAGAUCUAGACUAGAUCUAGUUAUUUUGUUUUUAUUUCAUUAUUAACAAUUAGAUAUAACUUUCUCACAAAAUGUUUGAAGAAAUCACAUUCAAUAUUGACCAUGGCUACUUGGAGGGUCUUUUAAGAGGUUUCAAGUCUGGCAUAUUAAAACAAGCAGAUUAUUUGAAUCUUAUUCAAUGCGAAACACUAGACGAUUUGAAACUCCACCUGCAGUCUACAGAUUAUGGAAAUUUCCUGGCCAAUGAACCCAGCCCUCUAACAGUGUCAGUUAUUGAUGACAAAUUAAGAGAAAAACUUGUUGUAGAAAUAGAACACAUCCGAAUUCACGCUUUACAACCACUGGCCGCAUUCAUUGAUUACAUCAAGUACAGUUACAUGAUUGACAAUGUCAUUUUACUCAUCACUGGCACCCUACACGGCAGACCAAUCCAUGAACUUUUACCCAAAUGCCAUCCUCUCGGCACUUUUGACCAACUGGCCGCCAUCAACUUGGCAAACACAUCUAUCAUGCUCUACAAUGCUGUUUUAGUGGACACUCCUCUGGCUCCCUAUAUCAAAGAUUGCAUUUCUGCUGAAGAUUUAGAUGAAAUGAAUGUUGAGAUCAUAAGAAACACACUGUACAAGUCAUACCUUGAAGAUUUCUACAAUUUCUCAAAAAAACAAGGAGGUGCCACAGCAGAAGUCAUGUGUGAAGCAUUGGCUUUUGAUGCUGACAGAAGGUCAUUCAUUAUCACCAUCAAUUCAUUUGGGACCGAGCUGAGCAAGGAGGAUCGCAUGAAGCUGUACCCACGAUGUGGUAACCUCUACCCCACUGGUCUUAAAUUACUUGGUGACUGCGAUGAUUUUGACCAAGUCAGAGCUGUUGCUGACUUUUACCCACAAUACAAGGAGUUAUUUGACAACUCUGGUUCUGGUGCAGGAGACAAAACAUUGGAAGAUAAAUUCUUUGAACAUGAGGUCAAGUUAAUGAAGAAAGCUUUCAUGCAACAAUUCCAGUUUGGAGUUUUCUAUGCCUACAUUCGCCUGAAAGAACAAGAAAUCAGAAAUAUUGUUUGGAUUGCUGAAUGUGUAGCACAAAGACACAGGGCGAAGAUUGACAGCUACAUUCCUAUCUUCUAGACUCUAAUGUCACCCCUUUUCUCCUGGGAUUUGAUGGUCAUAGUUUAAUGGGAUAAUACUUUGUGUUAGUGAAAUAGCGGUAAUUUCCAUUUAAAACAAGUCAAUAUGAACUUUAAAUAUGAAAAAUUAAUAGAACUUCAUUAAAUUAAUCACUUUAGACAUUUGACACAGACAUAAAUGUCUGUUCACUUAUAUUUUGGGUUUGCUUUUUGGGGUUAGUUUAUCCAUAGACUAAGAAUUUACUGAUGCUUGUAAAUUCUUUGUGUUCAUUAGAGCUGGAUUGAAACAAAAUAUUUUUUCUUCAAAAUGACGAACAAUUGACAUGAUUGUAAUUAUCAUUACCUCACUGCUAAUGGUAUUUUGAAAUGUAAAUAAUAAUCUAAGGGUAUCGUUGGAAACACAAAAUGACAUGUUUAAUUGUGUCCCCAAAAACCUCCACUCUCUCUCUUUGAAGUUUCUGAUGUUAGUUUCACCAUAGUCUUAGUGUCUUGGGAAGCUGGCUCAUUCAUUUGUGAUAAAUCAUUUUUUGUGUUUAUUGUCAUUCCUCUACCCAUUUUCUUUAUUCAAAUGUGCAUAUUGAAUGGGUUAUCAUAAUGUAUAGUUUUGUCUCACAGUAUAGUCAGGAGAUGUGUUUAGUUGACUAGCAGCUUUAGUUGUUUAUUGAGUAUCCUUAAGAUCAUAUUUGUAGAUAUCCAGAUUUAGCUGUGUGAUUUUAAAAGUUGAAACUCAAACAACAACAAAAAAAGUAUACCAGUAGCCUAUUGGAACAUUGAAAUUUAACUUAAGAGUUUGUUUCUUUUUCAGAAGUUUGUUUUUUAAAUCUACGAAGUCACUUUUUUACCUAUUAGCUAACAUCUGUUUUUAAAAAAUGUCUUUAAAAAAAUCUUUCUACUUUGAUUAAUGCAAUUUUUUAAAAUGAUUUUCGUUUGUUUGUGGGUGUAAAAUGUGUUAGACUGUUGUAGCCAAAAUGUGUGAUAUUCCAAGUUGAUGUGAAUUUCAUCAGGUUUGAAAGAACAAUUGUUUACUGAAUGAAACAUGAGCUAAAAGAUGUGUGAAAGCAAAAUCAUUUUCUUGGUUAAAUUAUUUCUCUUACAGUUUAAUGUGUAUAUUUAUAGUCCAGUUUGUGAUGUAAACAUGAAACCUUAUUAAUGUAGCCAAUAUUUUGACACUGUACUGGUCACUUGAAAUGUGAUGAAUAAUGAAACUGCAACACUAAAAAAAAAAUAUUUUUUAAAAAUAUAUCCAUCGUUGUAACUAAAAUGAACAGUGCCGACACAUUUAUUUUUGCGGUAGAUAAUUAUUUUUUAGAAUAGUAAUGCAAACUUGAAUUUUUUCAGUGUUUGCUUUCUUUGAGUUUAAACCUUCACUCAUCCCUUUUCUUUUUUUCUUUUUGAUAUUGAAAAACAAUCAAGACUAAAACAAAUAUUUGAAAUUAACUCAGAGAACUAAUGUAGAAUUUCGUUUUCUAAAACAAUGUGUUGCUAGUUCUUGAAUAAAUUGUUUAUUAUUAUCUUAUUAAAAAGGUCUUUGUAAUGUAUGUUAAUUUAGCACCAGUCAUUAUUGGUCUUGAAUAAACGGAAUGUAAACUUU